GGCGGCUCCAGGGAUGCGGGGACUGCAGUAGAGCUGGUCCCCACCGCCGCCCACCUCGUCCCUGCCGCCCACCGCGGCUAACCCGGCAGGCAACCGCUAACCUUCGUCCAGCGUCAGGACCACCGCCCCGGAGCCACCAGCGACCCCGACAACAUCUCUCAGACACCGGCAACCCUGACAACCGCCCCCAGGUACCGGCGGUCCCUGACAACCACUCCGAGCCACCGGUAACCCUUGACAACCGCCGCCAGCCCCCCCCACCCCACCCCCGCCACCCGGCGCCUGGGGCGCGCCAUGAAGUCGGCGGUGAGCGCGCGCGGUGGGGUGUCUGGCGGCCGCGGGGGUGGCUGCUGGGGCGGAGGGCGAGGAGGCGGAGGAGGAGGGGGCAAAGGAGGAGGCGGGGGCAAAGGAGCAGGAGGCGAUGGCGGCGGCCCGGGGGGCAAGGGCGGCUUCGGAGCGCGAACGCGCGGCUUCGGAAGCGGCAGGGGCCGGGGGCGUGGUGGCGGAGACGGCAGGGACCGCGGAGGCGGCGGGCAGCGGCGUGGCGUGGCCAAGAGCAAGAACCGCCGCAGGAAGGGCGUCACCACGGUAUCCGUGGAACCGCACCGGCACGAGGGGGUCUUCAUCUAUCGCGGGGCGGAGGACGCUCUGGUCACACUGAACAUGGUGCCCGGCCAGUCGGUGUACGGCGAGCGGCGGGUCACGGUGACCGAGGGCGGCGUGAAACAGGAGUACCGCACGUGGAACCCCUUCCGCUCCAAGCUGGCCGCGGCCAUACUGGGCGGGGUCGACCAGAUUCACAUCAAGCCCAAGUCCAAAGUGCUGUACCUGGGUGCCGCCUCGGGGACCACCGUCUCCCACGUCUCCGACAUCAUCGGCCCUGACGGCCUAGUCUACGCGGUCGAGUUCUCCCACCGCGCCGGCCGCGAUCUGGUCAACGUGGCCAAGAAGAGAACCAACAUCAUCCCAGUCCUCGAAGACGCCCGGCACCCCCUCAAGUACCGCAUGCUCAUCGGGAUGGUGGACGUGAUCUUUGCCGAUGUGGCCCAGCCAGACCAGUCCCGCAUCGUGGCUCUGAAUGCCCACACCUUCCUGCGCAACGGGGGCCACUUCCUCAUCUCCAUCAAGGCCAAUUGCAUCGACUCCACCGCAUCUGCCGAGGCAGUGUUUGCUUCUGAGGUGAGGAAGUUGCAGCAGGAGAAUUUGAAGCCUCAAGAGCAGCUGACCCUGGAGCCCUAUGAGAGGGACCACGCUGUGGUCGUCGGGGUCUAUCGGCCCCUUCCCAAGAGCGCCAACAAGUAGCAACCCAGCUCGGGCUGUCCCUGAGAUAAUGCCUAAGGCUGUGCUGUGUUCAGUGUUACUAUAUGUGUGUUUUCUUUGUGCACCGCUUUUCUA